AUGAGGAACAGCCAGCCGGCCGGCUCGUCCACCGCCAGUACUCAUUUCGCCACGACGAAGGCAACAGUGGUUGCUAGUCCUGAACCCAAGCAAGCGUCUUCUCCCAGAAGCAAGAAACGUGUAGCAGUCGGUCUUGAUACAGGAUCGAACCGUUCAUCAGUCUCCAGUGUGGAGAGCGAGAAACGCAAGCGGUUCCGCGAUGAAGACGACGAGGAUAACGACAAAGCAUGUGCCGCCUCUGAGACGCGAAAGAUGUCUAAAGUGGGAGACGCUGGUCUCAUGUUACGCUCCAUCGUCGCCCCUGCUCCACCGAGUGGCCAACUCCCUCUCACGCCUUCGAAACACUACAUCAACAGUCUCAAUGUUACGGACAAAUACACCGUCGAUCUCGAAAUCUGGGACCAAGUGAUCCGUGACAGCAAAUCCUCCCAAGUUAAGCCCUCAGAAGUAUUCAACGUCCACAAGCCCUUUGCGGAAAUUGGUCCAAAAUGCCAAAGAGAAAGAUGCUAUUUGGUGAGGCUCAUCGAGGUUUCUACGGAAAAUCAAGUGAAGCACUAUAAAUACUAUGUCUGCAUUCCCCUUGAUAGACGUCCGGUUUAUCUUCCAAAGUACGCCAGAGACGCGAGCACCGCAUUGUUGAAGGUCAUCAAGGUCUGUUUGAUGCGGAAUGUCAAGGAUGAUGCGCUGAAGAAGGGCUAUGAACAGGAUGCGCACAGGAGAGCCGAUGAAGAUGUCAAGGGCAGGUAUGCUCCCCUUCCUGAGACGACCGGCCCCUCCCAUGGUGCCCGCAUUGUUGGAGGACCUCCAGAGCCGUCGACACCAAGCAACCCUACUACGAGAAACAAAAAAGGAGUUAGGGGAAAGCAGAGAGAGGUUCUCAUCACGCCUUCUUCGCCCAAAACGAUCAAGCCAUGUCAAGAAUCCUCAACGAUACCUUCUCACACUUUUCCGAACAUCAACUCCCCUCCUUCGCCUUUGGAUCCCGUAAAUGUGCAUCGCAAAGAUUCGCUCUCUCCAUCAUCUCACACGCCCACCAAGAAAAAAUCAAUUACCAUACCAACUUCYCCAACCCCAGCAUUAUCUGUUCACGGAACGCCACCUUACAAUCCCACACCCCAAACGAAUCUCGACUCUGUAGCACACCGCAAAGCCUCGGAAGCCGUCAUAGAUCAAUUCGAAAUAGACAAGAUUAUCGCGGAGAGGGCAGGAUGCCAAGCUAGGCGGACACAACAGGAAGCGAAGGCGGCACAACACAAGGCCAGGAAGGCACUUCAGGUGGAAGAUGAGGCAUAUCACGUCGCCAGGCGGGCUCAACGGGUGGCAGACCAGGCAUAUCAUGCGGCCAGGAAAGCGCAUGUUGCGGAGAGCGAUUGGGAGGAUCGGAGUGUAUAG